GUUGUUGUUUCGAGGCAGUGGCGCGAGGCAGGCAGGGGUUAAGAACGGCGGACCGGGUGUCGGCAACAUGGCGAUGCCUGAAGGGAUCCCCGCAAUGACUAGGACUGGGUUGUCUCAGAGCAGGGUAGAGGCACCCCCGGCCACGCCUUUGGAUCUGGGACUGCGUGAUACCUUGUUUUUGCCGCCACCGGCGCGAGCGCACUUACGGGCCUUUAAUGGCCGUUUCAUGCAGCUCAAGUCGUCCAUGUUACGCGCGGAGCAGGCCAUGAACACGUUUAUCGAGGGCAUUGAGCAGGCCUGCCAGGGCCUGCAGCAAAUGCAAGAAUGUCUGCAAGGCCACGCCAACAGCACCGCACAAAUGUUUACCGGGGCAGACCCAGAGGGCUGGGCCCAGCGGGGCGAGGCGCGCCAGCAGGCCCUGCUCGACGGCAUUGAUAAUCUUCAGAACGCGCACGAGCAUCUGCGCCUGCUGGCCACCACCACGCGUGCCGCAGUGAUGCGCGACCUCAGUGAGCUGCAAACUCAGCUGCAGCGCGAUGUCAUUGGUAUCCACGCCGAGUGCAUUCGGGCGCAAAAUGAGCUCUGCCACGCCCUGCAACGCUACGGCAAAUUGCCGCAGAAGAAAUGCACCGAAAAGGUGCGCUAUGACCACAACCUGGAUGUGUACCGCGCCCAUAAAGAUCACCACCAUCUUCUGCUGGACUAUGUGGUGCAGGGCAACGCGGUCAAUCAGCAAUUGCCCGUCUAUUUUCAUCGCGUCCUCAAACAGUUGUUGCAGCUGCUCAACCAGCAUUUGCGAGCCACGGGACCCAUGUCGUCCGAGACGGCAGACACCCCGCGUACGGCGCACAAUGGAACACCAUUGACCACCAAUGGAGAACGUUUUCAGGACCUGCUGUUUCGCUUGGAGUCGGCUUGUCUUGACGGAGCCCUGGACGGCGCGCGCAUGAAGGAGGUGCAGCAAGCCGAAGCCCAGGCCCUCAAGGCCGCCACUGACCGCGACUAUUUUUUGGAUGUCGACGAGAACGACCCCUUUCUGGAACAAGAGCGAGACUCGACGCCCAAUACGUCGGCCACCAUUUUGCAGAGCUACUUGUUUUGGCGCCAACCACGGCGCGGGCGCAACGUGGUUGGCCCCGCUCGCUGGGACCUGGUGUAUGCCGUUUGUCGCAAUGGGCAGCUCGAGCUACAGGAUCCCAUUUCUGGCCAGCCACAGCUGCAGCAAUCGCUCUUCAAAUGCCGAGCCACGUUUGAGGAGACUGACGAUCGACGCUUCGUGCUGCACGUGAUACUCCCGACGCCAGGCAAACAGCAAAAACGCAUCGUGCUCCAAACGCAAAACACCAAGAUGCUGCGCACCUGGAUCACCGUGUUGGGCAGCAACAUCCAAUUGGCCCGCACCAUCGAACAACCCAACGCCCGUGGUACAGCGGUGGUCUAUCGUCCAGAACUCGAUCUGGAGCAGGACGAGGAGGACGACGAAGAGAAUUCAAGGCUACGUCAUUCCCUCAUCUCCGAAGCCGUGGCCAACUGGAACAGCACCGACGGCGUGGCCUUGAGCUUGACCACGCAGCGUGGAACCCCGCCAAACGUGAGCUACGUGGCCGCAGCAGCGGGAGGUCCUGGACUUGAUGAUUUAGAUGAUGAUGACGAUGACUUUGAGCCAGAUGCAAGCAUGGUCGAUCCUAGCCUCGAUGCGCCCGAAGCUAUCGCGGAAGGCAGUGCCAGUGCCAGUGCCAGUGCCAGGGCUAGCUCUGCGGCGCUCCCGCGCCGCGUCAACCCCUUUUAGGCGGCCAGUCCUCUUUUGUGCACAAGCUCAUAUGACUGGUUCUUUGCUCAUGUCCGUUGGCCAGAGUGCACCAACAUGACCAAGAUAAUUGAACCCAUCAACUUC